AUGGAGUCCGGAAGAUACCUAACAAUCGCAUGUCUGCUGCUGAUCGUGGGAGUUGUGAUAUCCCAGCCGUUGUCCUGGUGCGAUCCGGAAUUGUGUCCGGAUAACACGGUUCACAUAGCUUGUAAUAAUGACGGGCAAUUCCAUGAGAGCUGCUCUCCUGAUGCCACCAUGGUGGACCUGAAACCUUAUCGCCAUAUGAUCGUGGAUGAGCACAACAAGCGAAGGAACUUUAUAGCUUCUGGGUCACUGCCUGGUUAUUAUCCGGCCACUCGCAUGGCCACCAUGGUGUGGGACGAGGAACUGGAGUACUUGGCAACGUUGAACCUGAAAACCUGCUACCUGGAGCACGACGACUGCCACAACAGCUACCGCUUCCGGAAUUUGGGUCAGAAUCUUUGUGGGGUGGAUCGUCCCCGGAACUGGCUGAUGAACGUUACCAAUCUGGUGGAUCAGUCGAUGGGCUUGUGGUUUGGGGAACAUAAACUGAUCGACAGCAGCUAUAUAGCCGACUUUAAGCUCACCAAAAAUCUUGAAAAGUAUGGACACUUUGUGGAAACAGUGGUGGACCGAAACACCCACGUGGGCUGUGCCAUGAUGCGGUUUACCAAUCCCCAGUACCCCUUCCUCUACAUCUACAACACGGCCUGCAACUACGCCAGUGUCUAUGCCAUAGGAGUUCCUGUUUACAAUGCCGGAGAGCCCGCCUCCGAGUGCCGGACUGGGAGCAAUCCGAAGUACCCCGCCCUGUGUUCCAUCAAGGAGCAAUACAACCCCAACUAUAAUUUGUACUAG